UGUGUUUGCAGCCCAAGCUUGCUCAAAACCCUAGAGGAAAUCAAAUUCCUCUUCCUGCCUCCAUCAAUGAGAACCAAGCACAGCUGCUGCUCGAUUAAACAACGUGUGAAUACCAGCGAACGUGCUAGCUCCUCCAAUGCCAUUGUUGCUCUAUUUCGUGCUGAAUUUUUUUGUACGAAACUCAGCCUUCAAUUCUUUUCGCCGUUGACUUGAACCGGGCUCUUGAUACCACCUGAUAAAGCACCAGGGGUGCUUUUGAUCAUAAUACGCAGCUCACACAAACAAUCGAAUGAUAUUUGACGGAAAGGUAGAAUUCUCGCAAGAAUCGAGGUGAUUAAUCGAUUGAUAAGAGAACUUGCUAAACGAUUCUGGAAUCCACUCAGAAUAGCCUCACAAGGGUCUCGUAAUUAGCUAAGGAAUCCACUCGAAGCUAAAGACAAUGGAUAAACUCUUGAGACGCAACUCAAGAACUCAAACACACGGUUUGUAUUCAACUCAAUCAACUCUAAGUAUUACAACAAAAACUAGAGGGCUUUUAUAGCCAAAUAAACCUAAUACAAUUCUAAACUAACAAGGAAACAAUUAAUGUAAAAAUCUACUCUAAAAAGGACUAAAAAUCCUGCCAGAAUUCCCCUUUCUUCAAGCACAAGCAACCUGCCUUUUAGCACAAGCAAACUGCCAGAAAACACAGUUUUUGUACUAACUUCAUGCCGAGGCCUUCCAGAACUUCAAUCCUUCAUCCAAUUCCUUCCCUCUGUAUAUAAACAUACCUAGUUUCAUUUUGUGGGAGCAUUUGGACUUGAAUCGGAUCCAUACUCCUCGAAUUAAGCUCCAAAGUAGGCUUCACAAAACAGUUUCCAUACUAAGUCAUUUUCUGGCAGUUUUCCAGUUUUGAGGUAGCAACGUUGAGGCCUUGGGAAACAACCUUAAUGACUUCUUCUCGAUCCACAAAGCAUACCAUUGGAAAUAUGGUAACUUUAUCUUUAAAACAAGCUCUUGAUCUCCAAUUUCCAUUGAGUCAUUUGUGAGAUACAUGCUUCCAAUUGGUUGUUGUGGUGUGAAUUUAAAUGGAUGUUUUGUGAAUUUAAAUUGACGUAGUGAUGAAAAACGGUCAUAUUUUAAUGGCCAUAUUUCUUCUUAUAUAUUACUACACUCUUCAUAGUUUCUCUUCACUCAUUCUCGGAGCUUAAAUCGCAUUCUCUCAAAAUUCAAUUGUUAUCCUCUCAAAAUAGAAAAAUGGCAGGCAAGAGAGGACCUAAUUGGCGUCCGAAUGAAGAUGAAAUAUUAUGCAGAGCUUGGGUGUCGAUAUCAGAAGAUGGAGCGGUUGGCACCAACCAAAAGUCUACAAGUUUGUGGGAAAGAGUGGCGGCAGAACAUCAAAAUUGGUAUCCUACUACAACUCGUACUGCUGUUGCAAUGGAAUCCCGAAUGAGGAUUAUUAGCUAUCACUGCAAUCAUUGAAAGUGAGUUUUGCAAAGAGCACAAAGGCAUCAAUCGAGUGGCACGAACCAAUUUGAUGUGGUAUUCUUUUGGACCCUAAACUUGUUAUUUUCUUAUUUUUUAUGUGUAAUGAAAACUUCUCUAACCCAUGUACUAAUUAUUUUAAUAGGAAAAGGAUGGAAGAGCAAUAUAUAAGCAAAAGAAUGGGAACAAGGCUUUUGCUUUUGAGCAUUAUUUUGACAUUCUUCGAGAUUGUCCAAAAUGGUAAUGCAAUCUUGAACUGCUUGUUAGUCCCAUUCCACCUAUGAGGCAAGGUUACCAAAGUUCUCCCACAGGUUUUGAUUCUCAAUCAUCUCCCGUGGAAGGCCUUGAUGACUUACUAGAUGAAGGAGCUACGCCUUUCGUGUUGACUCGCCUUAAACGACGCGACAAACAAAAGGAAGCUAAGAAGAAAGGUAAGGUAGUUGCUGAAUCGUCUGACAUUUACACUACUCAACUGCUGGAGUUUGGUAAUGAUAUGAGAGAGAGGCAAAAGUCGAGGAUGGAGUACGAAAACAGAAAAAUGAAUGUUCAAGAGAGAAGACUAGAGCAGGAGAAAGAGGAACGGGCAUACAAGAGGCAAGUGAGGGAGCGUGAAGCGAAAAAGUUGGUUGUUGAGAAGAAAGAGAGGGAAGCCAAAAUAAUUCAACAAAAUAUGGCUAUUCUAGAGAAGGAUUUGUCAAAGAUGACCCCAAGAAAGAAGAGAUUUUGGAGGCGUAACAAAAUGAUAUUUAUGGGUACGAUCAAGAUGAUCCCAACUCUUAUCCAAGUGAUGGCGGAGAUGGAGAUGCAAGUGGUGGAGGAGAUGGAAAUGAAAGUGGUCGAGGAGAUGGCGAUUACUUUCCUGUCACAUAUUUAUAAUUAGAACAAGGUCCUAUGUGUACUCUAUUGUCUUUGCUACUUUAAUGUGUUGUGUGUUCUCUUUACUGCUUUAAUGUGUUGUGUGUUCUCUUUCAACUUUGUUGUUUCCAUGUGUAAUAAAAACAAGUGUUAUUGAAACUUUGAACUAAUUACUCUUCACACUUUAUUGAAAAAUGAAAUACAAUCACACACUGAAACUUGAAAUACAAACUGUAACACCCUAACCCGGCCGGGCACUAAUUUUACUAAAAUGCCCUUGAUAAAUAAAAUAAUCAAAUCUUAAAUUGCAGCGGGAAAAAUUUUCAUAAAUAAAAUACUGAAAACACACACUUGUAGCUCAAAGCAAAGCCCUAACACGUGGGCAAAUUAAACUCAAACUUUAAAAUCUCAAUCUGAUCUCCAGUUUAUACUCAUGAUCAUAAAUGUAAAUAACUAAUAAUAUCUAAUGUUGUUGCUACCGAAACCUUGACCAAGCAUCCUCUGUGACGCUUAUACUGCCCUCCUCUAGCUGCCUGCCCUCGAAUUUGCUGCUCACUAAAUGCUCCUCUAGCUCUUCCUCUAGCUCUUCAAACUGGUGAGUUAGAUGGGGUCAGUCUACGCCCUUACGUUCAAAAUUCUUACUGUUUAGUACUUUACUUAAAACACCUACUUAAAUUUGUGGAAGUUGUUUGUACUUCCACUCUUAAAAUUUCUAACUCUUAAAACUGUAUGGGAGUUACUGUUACUCUCCAUUCGUAAAGCUCAAAUCUCGACUUAAAUACUUGACUGACACUGGGAUCCCUCACUAGCUAGUCCGGUUGCCAACUCAUACAUAUGAGAAGCCAUUCAGGCUUUCCUUAAACGUAAACUUAGUUAGGGAAGUCGUAACGAUUCAUCCCCUAACAUCUUAAACUUAUCGUGGUGGCACUUCACCAUGAUUCUCAAGAGCAUAAUUGUUGCUCAUCUUAAAAGUCUCAAGAGCAUAACUGCUGCUCUGUCUCAAAGAUCUCAAGAGCAUAACUGCUGCUCUAUCUGAAAAUCUCAAAUGGCAACGGACUCGCGCUAGUGACUAAAAACACUUAAAACGACUUCACCUUCUUUAAGGUGAGUUUCUUCUUAAAAAGGAGAACUUGGCUCCUAAACUUCAACUCAUAAAAGUAAAGCUUCAAAGUAACG